CACAGGUUGUUGCCUUUUCAAAGAAAAGCGGGCUCUGCUUUUUGGACUAAUGAGACAUCUGUGACUUUUAAUGCGAAUAUAGGGCUUUAUGUAGAUUUUACUUAGCAUAUAUUACAGUCUUAUGGCUAGUUUUAACUUAACCAUUGUUAAUCGGUGUUAGUCGUCGUUUUGUUUGCGUAGUUGUGUGCGUCGUCUUCCAUAUCUGUGCUAUCCGUGCUCUUUUACGUAACAUUAUAAACAAUCAUGAAGUUCCUGAAGACAUAUGGAAAGCAGAAAACAAAACUAUCCGCCUGGGUCUCCAUUCAGGAUCGUAAACAGGUUUUUGACAGCACCUCCUCGUCUUCUGAGUUUGAUGCCUCCACAGUCCAUGCGUCAAAACCUUCACGGAGGCGUAAGAGAAAUAAUGUUAAAAAGAAGAAAGUCGCAGCUUUACUUGAUAGUAAAGAUGAGGAGAAUGUAUUUUCACAUCCCCUGCCACCUUCAAAGACGACAGCUCCACGAAAACCAGGUAUGACUACAGUAGCUCGUAAAAGAAAACAUGUAUCUCUGAGCAGUGAUGAAGAAAAUAUUGCACCAACAACUCAGAAUCUGAAGGCAUCUAAUCAAAGGGGAGCAAGGAGAAAGAAGUCCAAGGUAUCCAGUGAUAAUACCCCAAAUCACCACACUGAUGAAAAUAGGUGUCCACUUGUGCCCCAUCAGAGCAGUGGCAUUAAGUCAGGAUCUCUUGUAAGAAAAAAGGAGUCAUCAGGGAAAGAAACAUCAAGAAAUGGGCUGCAGGACAAUACUGUUCAAAAAGACACUCUUGUUCGUCUUCCAUCUGCUGGACGCUUUGUUACUCGUAGGAGAUGUGCUGUUACCUCUAAUUCACAUCUGGUCAUUUUAAACUCCUCUGACGAGUUUGCUCCAUUGAGACGUUCCAGUCGGAUCAACUGUCCAUCAAAGAGAAGAUUCCCUCCAGUUUUCCUUGAAUCGAGUGCAGACAAUUCUGUAAAUGCAGCAGUACAUCGGAGCUUUGCCACAAAUCCACUUCCAGAAAUUUCCCUCAAUGAAUCAGUGGAAAACACCCUUGGACCAUGUUCUCGAAAACCAAUUUUUUGUUCCACACCUUCAGCUGCUCCCUUGAACAGAAAAUCAAAGCUUAAAAUUUUCAAUCCAAUCACUAGCCCUGCGUUCCAUUUCAGUUAGUUGUAUAGCUCACACAUCUCCACAACAAGCUUCACAAUUUGAGCCCUCUGUUGAAAAACAAUCAACUCUCAACGACUUUCAGAAACCUUCACAACUGCAUCAAGAAGAGAUGUGCAAUAGUUUAGUCAUUACCUACUCAAAGCAAGCAAGCCUCAGUAGGUCAAGCCAAAGCCAGUGUGGAGACGGGCACCCGGGAAGUCCAAGUCUACCCAGCAUGAUCACCAUAGGCAGUGAUAUCAGCAGUCAUUUCACAUCUGCCUCUGGAGAAAUAGACUGGCUCACAGAUUUUCUCAAAGAGAAAUGCUUGACCCAGCUUUGUACUGUGCGCCUGGAAAGAAUUGAAGACCUAAUUCAGCUUUUUAGCGAAACAACCUAUUCGUCAUGUUUGGGGGAUUUGGGGCCUGUAUGUAGUUCGAUUAGAAAAGAGCAUUCACUUUCUGUAGCUACAAGCCACAACUCAGGCAAUGCUAAGGACUCAGAGCUCCCAAGCAGCCCUAAAUUAGCUGUGACACAUGAUGUCUUAACAUCUCUUGAGAGCUCCAAGUCUUCUGCACCAGAUAUUGCGCACAGCCAAUGUGCACAGCCUUUAAUGUCAGACGACCGUAUGCAGUCUGAGCACAAAUCUACCAUAGAUCUCUUCAGUGAAUCCACCAACAGCUGUACAGACGUAGUUGACACGCAGGUUCAAGAUAUGACAGAGGAGUUGUCUUUAAUAAUAAAGAGCAAGUGUCUUUCUCGGGAAUGCUCAGUCGAGCUUACAAAGCUGCCUCGAUCAAGUAUUGAGAAGCAUCUGACACCUGGACCAAAUGUUGGUGAAAAUGAGUGCUCAGUGGUCGGUCAGUCACACAACAACACUACUGUGUCUGAGUCUCAGCGGAAUGAGACACAAACUGAGGCAGCUGAACAUACCAGAGAGUUGAAGAACUGCUUAGACCACAAACCUAUUGUUAAGAUAAAGAAAAUGUCAAUUACAAAAAUAAAACUCAAAUUGCAAGAGGAUGGACAGAAGUGCAUCUAAACUGAUUUGUGAAGAGACAGAAUAUGUGGGUAAUUGCACCAUGGCCAGUCCUGAAGACACUAGUAUUGGAAAGAGAACAUCAUCUAGUUCAAAUGACAGGGAUGGCUCAAAAAAGUCAAGCAGCAGACAGAGCAGCAAAAGAAAAAAAAAAUCAAUGGCAGCAAAAGAGAAGGACCACAGAACAUCCACCCACCGACCCGGAACCACUAGAAAAGCUUGUGUUAGUGGACUGAGUGUGAGCCGUUGGAAAAGCAGAGAUGCCUUCACAAACGCAAUUGGACCCAGAGGAGGUACUAAGACCAUGGACUGCAGCAUCAAUGAGCUGAUCCCAAGUCAACACAGACGACCAAUGAAGCUGACUGAUAUCAGUAAGGAUUUCUGUACUCCAGUCAAAGGCCACAACCUCAGCCUCUCUUCUCUUUUGGCUGAAAUCACUCCCAAUACACACACCUGGAGUCGCCUCAAAGCUGCGCUCUCCGUUCACCGCAAAGUCAUUCUUACUCCAAAGACUCCUGGGCCUGGCAUGCCUUUAAAGAUCGCUAUGGCAGACUUAAGCCAGGAUCUGUUUGCUACUCCACAUCGGACCCCUCUUCUCAAACGUCGACGGUCACAGGAAUCUCAGCUUGUGUUUGACAAGGAUGAGAUGUCAGAUGCAGAGAAGGUGUAUGCAGAGUGUGGGCAGCAGGGUCCUGUGGCCUGGGAUGAGUGUCUCCUGCCUCAGCGCAUGAAACAGUGUGUUAAAAUAGGCGAGGGCACCUUUGGAGAGGUCUUCUCUACAACAAGUGGAAAGCCUGACGGAGAGAUCGUCGCCCUCAAAGUUAUACCAGUAGAGGGCAGUGAAAAGGUGAAUGGAGAGGGGCAGAAGACCUUUGGGGAGAUUUUGCAUGAAAUUAUUAUCUCAAAGGAGCUGAGCUGCCUGGAUAAGAAAGAGAAGAAUCAGACCAGUGGCUUCAUUGGCCUCAGAGAUCUCCACUGUGUAAAGGGCUGCUAUCCUCCAGAGUUCCUCAAUGCAUGGGACAAGUUCGACAAACAAAAAGGUUCUGAGAAUGACAGGCCAGAUUUCUUUGAAAAUGAGCAACUGUUUAUUAUUCUGGAGUUCGAGUUUGGAGGCACUGACCUCGAGAACAGCGAUGGAACGUUGUCGUCAAUCACAGUCGCAAAGAGCAUUCUUCAUCAAGUCACUGCAGCACUUGCUGUAGCUGAACAGGAGCUGCAGUUUGAGCACAGAGACCUACACUGGGGAAAUGUGCUGGUCAAAGUGACUAAGGACAAGACGGCAGAGUUCAGUCUGAAUGGGACAGUGCACUCUCUGGAAACCAAAGGAGUGCUUGUCCGCAUCAUCGAUUAUUCUCUCUCCAGAUUAGAAAUAGAUGAACUCACUGUGUCCUGUGACAUUUCUAAUGACGAGGAGCUUUUUAUGGGUCAGGGGGAUUACCAGUUUGAAAUCUACAGACUUAUGCGACAAGAGAACAGCAAUGAGUGGAGUAGCUAUAACCCCCAUUCAAAUGUACUGUGGCUGCACUACCUGUGCUCCAAGCUGCUGGACAUGAAAUAUCGUGGACGGGCAGGGAGGCGGAACAAGGACAUGCGAGCCGAGCUCGCCUGUUUCUAUGACAACGUCCUCCAGUUCAGUUCUGCCACAGAGGUGCUCCAGAACAGCCCGCUGUUCCAGUGAACGGGACUGUAGCAGUUUAAGAGUGAACAAAGUGAUAGACUUCUAAAGAGGCUUCCUCUGUCAGCAGUCCCCCCUCCCCCGCCCCCUCGACCUCUGAUCUGUAAAGACACAUUAUUGAUUCCUCUGUAACAUAAUGACACCAAUGAAGGUCACCCACUGCUUAGUCGACUGUAAAUGGCGGUACAGAAAAAGGUUAUUAAAUUCAUCUUGUUUCUUA